UUUCUCUUUCUGUUUUUCCUCUCUCUUUCUCUCCAUCUCUCUCAAGACGCCGGCGACCAUUGUAAUCCGACGAUCUCUCUCUUUCUUGUUCUUCUCCAUCGUGAUAUUCAUCUCUCUCUCUCUCUUUCUUGUUCUUCUCCAUCAUGAUAUUUAUCUCUCGCUUCUGCCGGCAAAAUCUCUCCAACAUUUCAUCCUUCGAAUUGAGAGAGUUGCAAGUCAUAAUUACUUGUUUGAGCCGCUAUUAUCAUCAUCUGCAUGAUAAAUGGUUAAAUGGAGAAGUGGAUACAGUUGCUAGAAUGAUUGAUGUCUGUUGUGUAAGAAUUGGAUACAAUUACCGAAUGGAAGGCUCAUAGAAGGUAAAACAAUCUUAACCUUAUAUCUUUGAACCUCUGACUUUUCAUGAAUUAUAUUAGAUGACUAUAUAUGGCUUUUAUUGAAUGCUUGUUGUCGGUAUGUGGUUGAUACUUGGUAGUUGAUUGUCAUGUCACACUUAAAACAGACACCAUUAACUUUUAAACACCAACCAGAUAUUAUUACCAGACACUAUUAACUCUUGUUCUUGUUAUUUAAACACCUAACCAGAAACACACUAGAAACACACACCAAAAACAAUCUUUCCCGCUCCUUCUUACACCAACCAGAGAACUAGUCUAUGGAUCCAUAUAGUCAUGGAUCAAGCUUCAUGAACCUCUUAACUAGUCAACAAGAGGCUCACAAUUUAGAAACCAAUCCGUAUGAUGAUGAUGUUUCUCCAAACCAAGCUGCACACACACCUAAGGUGAAAAGAGAGAGAAGGAAAUGGUCUGCCGGUGAAGACUUGGUGCUUGUCAGUGCUUGGCUCAACACAAGUAAAGAUGCAGUAAUAGGCAAUGAACAAAAGGGUUAUGCCUUUUGGUCACGUAUUGCUGCCUAUUACGGAGCAAGUCCAAAGCUCAACGGUGUGGAAAAGAGAGAGACAGGUCACAUAAAGCAGAGGUGGACUAAGAUCAAUGAAGGUGUAGGCAAGUUUGUAGGGAGCUAUGAAGCUGCAACAAAGCAGAAAUCUAGUGGACAGAAUGACGAUGAUGUCGUUGCAUUAGCACAUGAAAUCUACAACAGCGAACAUGGUAAGUUCACCCUUGAGCAUGCUUGGAGAGUGCUUCGCUUUGAACAGAAAUGGCUCUCUGCUCCUUCUACUAAAGCAACUGUAAUGUCCAAAAGAAGAAAGUCUGACAAGGCUUCAACCUCCCAGCCACAAACCCAUGAAGCAGAAGAAGCAAUGUCUCGUCCUAUUGGUGUUAAAGCUGCAAAGGCGAAAGCAAAAAAGGCUGUGAGUAAGACAACAACUGUGGAAGACAAAGGGAAUGUGAUGUUGGAGAUUCAGUCUAUUUGGGAGAUAAAGCAGAAGGAUUGGGAGCUAAGGCAGAAGGAUCGAGAGCAAGAGAAGGAGGAUUUUGAAAAGCAAGAAAGAUUAUCAAGGACCAAAUUGCUGGAAUCUCUCUUCACAAAAAAAGAGCCACUUACUGAUAUAGAAGUGGCUCUCAAGAACAAAUUAAUCAAUGAGAUGUUGUCAAACUCAUAGUUUCAAUUCACUCUCUGUUGCAACAUUUUAGUUUCAUGUGUCAUAAUUUAGUCUUCUUUUUGUUUUUGUUAUUUCAUCUUUGUAA